AUAAGAAAUAAAUAAAAAAACCAAACAUUCACCUUCUCUUACGCAACAAUCGACGACGGUCUCAGCUCUCUCCGGCAACAGAUUCGCUCACGGCAGUCAUGGGUUCGCUUUUGCAGGGUUUUACUAAAUCACUCGCCAUGACUUUCCUCUCUGAGAUUGGUGACAAAACGUUCUUUGCUGCUGCUAUUUUGGCUAUGCGUUAUCCUAGGAGACUCGUGUUGGCUGGUUGUUUAUCGGCUUUGAUUGUCAUGACUAUUCUAUCUGCUACACUCGGUUGGGCUGCUCCAAAUCUGAUCUCUCGAAAAUGGACCCAUCACAUAACAACAUUCUUGUUCUUUGGCUUCGGUUUAUGGUCUUUGUGGGACGGUUUUAAAGAAGGAGGGGGUUCUGAAGAAUUGGCAGAAGUUGAAGCAGAACUGGAUUCUGAUUUGAAGAAGAGUAGUGAUCAAUCGAAAAAAGACAGCAGUAAGAUUGAAGAUGAACAGAAAAAGCAGAAAAGACCAUUCCUUACUGCAUUCUUCUCUCCCAUUUUUCUCAAGGCGUUUUCAAUUAACUUCUUUGGAGAGUGGGGUGACAAGAGUCAGCUUGCCACCAUUGGUUUGGCUGCAGAUGAAAAUCCACUCGGCGUGGUCCUUGGCGGAAUUGUUGCACAAACAUUGUGCACCACAGCUGCUGUGCUUGGUGGCAAGAGCUUAGCAUCUCAAAUAUCUGAACGAAUUGUGGCUCUUUCUGGUGGAAUGCUUUUCAUUAUUUUUGGCAUCCAGUCGUUCCUUACUCCGAUUGAUGCUUGAUACCUCCAUAUGGUUUCUUGGAUUUGAAAGCUUUUUAGGCCAAGAUGAAGCUGCAACACAGUCCCUUACAAUUUGCUUAGAUACAUUUACAAUAGUGAUUACAGGAUCAGAAAGAUUCAUAUGUAACACCAUUUGACACCAUUUGACUUCAAUAAAGUUUUGUUUAUUUGCA